AUGACCGGGCGGCCCAGAAACCUGCAUCCUUCGCGCUCUUUUACGCGGCUCGACUCUGCGCCUAAGAGUCCGCUCUCACGAAGUCGAGCCAACACACUGCAAGGGCCACACGCAUCAGACAUGCUCGAUCCGUUAAAGGCUGCCAUGGUACCCGAGGAAGAUGAGAACACUGACGGUGACGUGUUCGCGAAAAAGGAAGACGAACAUGAAGAUGAAGAGAGCGACGAGUCCAAAGUACCCGACACUUUCGAGGAGCUGCCCAUCGAGAUCCGUAGCUUGACCGAGAGGUUCCUCGAAUCCCUCACAGCCAAAGUACACCCCACCCCCCUAUCCGCCGACGCCCUCGCCGAUCUCUUCCAAGACUUCUACGGCCGUGCCUCCGCAAAAAUCAGCACACACAUAGCUACCCUCUCUGCUCGGUUGACAAGUGACAACUAUGUCGCAAACGCGAAGAAAGGGUCGGCCCCAUCAAGUAAACCAUCGUCAAUACGGAAGGGAAGCGACCCGUCAGGGGAACAACAACAACAACAGAUGCUCAGUGCGACCGAAAUGGCUGACCGCAAGAAAGCGCGGAGAUCACUCGAGCUCAAGCGAUUUGCACUUGAAGAGGCUGUGGAGCGCGCCGUGUGCGAGAAGGUCUACCAGCGGAUAUGGCGGCAUAGGAGCACUGAUGACGAGGAAAGGGAUCACAAGCUCAGAUCGCGCACAGCUGCGCUCUCGCUCGUUGGCAUUGGUCUGAAAGAGCUCUUGAUGACAGGCGAGGAGUUGACUGAGGAAGAGCGCCAGAAAGCCAAAGAGAAGGAGCCCGAGAUUCGGGAAUACCUAUCUGCGGCACGUCAAGACAUUCUUAAGAUGAACGAAGAGCGGUAUCCGCUUGGAAAGGUCCAGCAUUUGACUGCUGCACACAAGUCCAUUGUCGAAGCCUUGUCAAAGAUAUUUCCUUCCACUUCGUCUGCUGAUGAAAUUCUCCCGACGCUCAUCUACGCACUCAUCACCAUGCCACCUGUCGACUUGAACGUGAUUAGCGAUCUGAACUUCAUACAUCGUUUCCGCGGGUCCAGCCGUAUGGAUGGCGAGACUGCGUAUUGCCUGGUCAACUUGGAAGCAGCCAUCUCAUUUUUGGAGACCGUCGAUCUUUCUUCACUACGCGCCGAAGAAGCCACUCCUGCGAGGCCAGACUCCAGGCCUUCGACGCCCAAAUCCGAAAUCACACCCAUGCCCCUAGGGCUUUCGGACGCGCCGGAUCUCAUCCAAACACCAGCAACUCCCAUCUCCAAAACACAUUCCAGAGAACCCUCAAGUCCAACGACCACCAAAGCUCAGCGCCGCUUGAGCAACCUCAUUCAAACACAAACCAACAAAAUUGAAGCUGCCUCUGAUGCAGUCCGGGAUUCUAUUCUUGAUUCCGCCGACCAGGCACUCGGGAGAAUUAACAACACGUUAGACACUAGCUUCAAGUUCUUCUUUGGUGGUCUGAAAGAGAAGAAUCCAAACGGACCCGUGCAGGAGCAACCAGUACUCCCCAAGACACUGGAAGAUGCAAGGAAGCUUGUGAGCUCUCCCACCCGCGCAGAGCGAGACGAGGACGCCUUGAGUGUCAGUGCAGCAAGUUCAGUGCAAGGUGACGAGCCAACAGAGGCUCCUAUCAGCAGAGGGCUGGAUGCGAAGAUGGCUGAUCUUUUUGCUGGCAAAAGACAAAUCAGAGAUCGUAGCGUCGAUUCCACAAAGUCAGGGGGCAGCAAUAGUGGACGGCGCGUUGCAUUUGCCUCAGCACAGAAUGUAGAAGAGAAGACACCAUCACCAGCUCCUAUCAAGACGGAUCCUCCAACGCCGAGCAACACUUCGGCAGUUGACUCCCUGCGCAGUAUGGGCAACAACUUCAAUCCCUUGAAUCGGUUGUCCAGUAUGAAUGUACUGCCUCGCUUUGCACGCGCUGUAAGCAGCAGUAGUACACCUGUUCUCCCUUCACCGAGCCAGGAGCAGGUCAAGGCUUCGCCUUCUCCAGAGCCACUAAGUCGCACAGCCACGAACGAAAUACCACCAAUAGAUGACAAGGGAGCGAGGGCAGUCGCUGCUUUGGAGCAACUGAAGAAGACUACACCGCCUGCCAAGCGCUUCUUAGAGGCGAAGGAUUCUCAGGACUUGAAGCUCAAGGAGGUAGACGAGUUAUUGAAGGAGUAUCAAAGACUGGCUGGCGCAUUGAGAGGAGCAAUCAACUACUGA